AAUGUCUAGAGUUGCUAAAAGUGUGUCGAUGACUGGUGAGGUACGUUUUUAAAAAACAAAUGACCGGAGAAAGUGCAGCCAACGAGUUAAAGAAUCUAACGGAGGUGUGGUCGGCGUUUUUAAGAGCCAUUGAUGAAACCCGAAAGAGUUAAUAAAGUCUCCUCUCUCUCUCUCUCGCUCUUCGCACGAUGUCUGUCCCAGAUCUCGAUCCAGAGAGGGGGAUGAUGCACCUGUCGGGGGUUGCGGGUGCCUCGCGUCGUGGGACCGACGAGCAGCGAGUCUACCGCGUCGCUUCGUGACGGAAAAGGAGAGAGCGACCGAGCAAACGUGUGAAAGGAAGAGGAAGAACGAGAGAGAGAGAGAAAGAGGAAGCUAGGAAGAGAGGGAGAGAGAGAGAGAGAGAGAAAGUGCGCGCGAGAGAGAUACGUGGGGGCGAGAGAGAGGUCGCGAUUGGUUAAGCCGCUCUCGGAAAAGCCCGCCUGGCUGCUCGACCGGCCGGCACUUUGCUCAGUUCUCUACUGCGCUCCGUCUGAAGCGGAGCUUUCGAGAUACCUUCUCGCUCUCCCUCUCACUCUCAUCGCGAUCCGCGUCGCGGGAUCGACUCCUCGAUCUUGGGAUUCCUCGAUCUCUACGAGAGCGCUUAGUCGCGUUCAGGGAAUCGCGUGAAAAACACAAUCCUGAUCCAGAUUCCUCUUGGGAAGAAUCGCGGGAGACGAGAGGGCUAAAAGGGUGAAGGACGACGAUGUGCGAGAGGAAGCUGCUGUGAGUGCUCUAGGACAAGAAGAUCUGAGCUAAGCCGAGAGCGAGAUACCGAGAGCCGAGGGACUACCCUCGAGGAGGUGUCCGGGAACGAGCGUGAUUCAGGAUAAUCGCGACGAUGUCGAAGAGAUCGACCGAGCUGUCCAGGUGGCUGCUACUGGCCGGGCUUUUGUGCUGCUCGUCCUGCCAGAGCGUACCGUCCUCCUUCGAGAAUAAAACCGGCGGCCAAAAUGACACCCGGCCGCGGGUAUUCUCGCCCAGGAUGGACUACGACGAGUGGACGCCUCUGGGACGCGGUGAUCCUCUGAAGAACAACCCGACUUUCGACUACGUGCCGCCGGUCCUCGACAGGGUGCAAUACUGGUUGGACUCGCAUCAGCAGCACACUACCGAGCCGUCAUCCAAGCGCGAUAUCCUCGUGCUGGGCGUGACCGCCAAGAAGACCAGCCCGAAGAUACCCGAGCAGUUUCUAAAGUUUGUGGACGGGCCCAAGUUUACGCGAACCGGCGCUCACGAUACAACUGUCUACAGGAACGACUUCACCGGAAACAACGGCGCCGAACCGCCCAAGGUCGUGCGCACCACUAGCUUCCGAAACGGCCUGGUCGAUUAUAGAAAUCAGAAUAGGUUGCAGUCGCUGCCGGCGAGUUACUAUCCGAGCUCGUAUUACAAUCAGAAGAUCAAGCCGUACACUAUGAUGAUGCCACCGCCGGUGGUACAGAAGAUUGAGACGUCUACUGGCUUCAACGUCGGGGUGUCCAAGGAUAAGAUAAUCGGCUACGCGGACGCGCCCCAGUUUAGCACUCAGACGGAGGAGGGUCCUGUUCUCCAGGACGCGCAGUAUUAUGGAUCACUCUCGAAGGAUUACGGACAUUAUUCCCCGGCGCCCUCGCCGCGACCGUAUUCCACGUCCAAGGCGCCGGUGAGCAAGGUCGAGACCAUCAAGAGUGUGUAUGUACCGUCCGCAUCGCAGAGCACGAAAUCGAAAUACGAGGCAACCACCGCGCCGUCCGUAUCCUUCGAAAAAUCGAAUCUGAUAUAUCAAUCGACGCAGACUCUGUCCGGCGGAUGGCUCGGCAACAACGAGCCCACGUCAUCCUCUACUCCUGGACUUCCUUCGGACGUUAAUCAGGUCAUGUGGCAGACCACGGAUUAUUCGAAGGAUCAUUACGAGGUCGAUCAUCAAGCCGCGGCCUCGUCGAAUCACGAGGUUGUCGUUGGCCAAAACGCGAAUAUCAUUGUAGACGGCAAUAAUGAUGAAAACGAGGAAGUGGUCGUGGGUCAGAAGGAAAUCAGCACCGAGGCGACGUCCUCGUCGACGUCCUCGUCGACGUCAGAAAGCUCCCCGCAAACUUUUACCGUCUCCACCACGACUGUAAAUUCUACCGAGCGGGAGGAGGAAACUGUGACUGACGCGCAAUCUUCGCCAAAGAUGCACAUUGUCGUCGCCAACUCGCCGUCCAGCAUCGUGGAUCUGGAAACGCACAAAGCGAAGAAGGGUCCAGUUGCCGUAGUGAUGCCGACGAACUACAUCGAGAAGAACUCGUCCUUCGGUUCGGAAUCAGCCACGACUCUACACACUUGGGAAAAUCCUGCCACGUCCGAGAUGACGAAGACGACUCAUCAAGCGUCAAAGUCUCAAAUGCAGCCAAUGAAGAGCGCGGUAACCAGUUUACCGAUCUUGACAGAAGACCAUCCGUCCGUUUCCUCCAUGCCAAACAGAAUGAUAUCGCCUUCGCAGUUUGCACCGCAUCAACUUCCGCAUUCGUCUUCCGUUCCGAUAAUGCCCCCCAGACACUUGGGUAGUUCUCCGCACAUGUUCGUUCCUCCGGCGGCCUCUCAAUCGAUGAUGCGUCCUCAGACUAGACCGUAUCACUCCAUGAUGCACUUUAUCGGCGGUAUGCGUCCUAGCUUCCAGCUAUCUCCGCCAUUAUCACUGUCCCAUAUGUCGCCGCCCCUGGCACACAUACUCGCGUCACCUAUCAAGGAUAUGAUGGCGCCAUCACCGAGCACGGAACAAGCUUACCAACAACCUCCGCAAUCGUUCCCUGUGGCGUUCACUAGUCCUCCGUCAUCUUCGACUUUCGAUAUGCAAACCACCGGAUCCAAUGAGUGGUCGACGGUUGAUCAUCGGCCGUCUCGGUUAUCCGCGACAAUUGUCAACUCGAUGACUACUUCACCGCCAUUUAUACCGACAAUUUCCUCGACCGCGGAAUAUACGCCUACCAUGGAUCAUCAGGAGACCACGAGACCCAAUCAGUCCCCUUUGGUGAAGAUUCUCGGCACCGAAGAGACGAAGAUAUCGACGAUGUUUGCGUCGUCCCCGACCGUUCCACGAACUACGACGGCGCCUAGUUUGACCACCGAUCCAAUAUUCUCGCAUUACAAACAACCGGCCAAACCAAUUCGCGGUCCGAUGUAUCUCAUCAUCCAGGGCCACUCGAAGGUAAAGACCUACAAGCCGACGGUGAACAAGCACGGCGUGCCUGUGGAGAAUAACGAGAUCGCGGAAAGCGUGACCGAUCGACAACUGUCAAAGCUGGAACAGCUGAUUCGCGAGAAUACAAAGAACGGCGCCGUUGAUUUGGCCGCCAAAAAAAAGAAGCUGGAAGCGGAGAGGGCGCGUGCCGAGGAAAAGCGCAUUUCCUCGCACCAGGAAGAUAGCCUCAUGAGCCUAGUCGAGAGCGGCUUAAGCGGCUUCACCGCGUCACCAUCGAUGGAAGACGAGCGUCACGUGUCCAAUUCGGUUGCGAGCAUCGAGAUCAAUUAAAGAUUCAUCGUUUGCGCGCAGUUCUCCCGUGAGGGGAUACCAAGCUUUGCAAACGGAUGCUGAGGUAGCUGAGGGCACUUGCCUUCUUGCGGCGGAAGGGCAACCGCCGUUCUUUCAGUAGGGGCGAAAACUUUCGAAAGGGACGAAAAGUCUCCCUUGAUUUAUAUUCGAUUGUUGCUUACGCGCGAAUCGUUGGAUGAAAAUCGAUGAAAGAUGUACGCGCGAGAUGUAGGGAUCGAAGUUUCAUGUGGCUGGCCCUUCUAGCAGCGUCUCCCAUUUUCAAUGCGGGAUCUAUCUGGGAGAUAUGUGUAACUUCAAUACGCCGGCAAACGAGGUUUUACGUUGUUAUUUAUUUCGUUUAUCGUUCCGUGAUGUUGAAUGUCUUUAUGUAUUUUUUUUUUCACUUUUACAAAUACCGCUUUUGUGGACAACCUGAGCGGAUUUAUAAAUUUAUAGAUAACGAAUUAACGAUAACGAAUUACGAUACGCGAUGACAGAUAUACGGAUAUGGACGUUUAUUUCAUUAAUAAUUUAUUUAAAUCGAAAUAUAAUUCCAUGCUUUGGUCAUGCUU